UAUUGAUUUUGGGGAUUUAUUUACAACUACAAGCCCUACUACUAACCCUCCUUCUCCGUGGUCUGUAAUUGAUAGUAUUCCUACUCUCCUUCACUCUGUGUUUAUAUAUAUACUAUUGCAGUAGUUAACUCUAAACUAUUCAACACUGUAUGUAUCAUACAUUUUUACAGCUUGAGGAAUUCCAUUUCGGCAUCUUUUGGCCGUUUCUAAUAAAUAUAUCACUGCUGUCCAUUCCUACCAUACACGUUUAUGAAUUGAUGGGGUGGCAUACUUUUCGCGCGCUAGUGGGUUUCUGUACGGUUGCUCGUAGCAUGGCGGAUGAGUUGCACAAGAUUUCCACUGGCACGCAAUACUACUUAAGUGGCUGUUAAUCGGUUCCAGUCUUUCAUUUAUGACCACAUCAGGAGUAGUAAUGGAUACUGGAAAUACGGUGUUUUCGCAAAAAUAUAGUAAACCUGGUGUAAUAGUGUCAGGUCAUAAGUGUCCUGUUUGUCCUUAUUCCUGUGCUUCUCAAUCUGGACUAAUAUGUCAUCUAACUACAAAACAUAAAGAGCGUUUGGCUGCUGUUUGCAAAAUUUGUCAACAGAUCUUUGCAUCGGAUGCUAUAGGUUCUCAUGUACUUACAUGCAAGGGUAGCUAUUCCUGUCCUUACUGUCGUGCUACGUUUUCAUCGCCCUCUUAUUUGCAGCGUCACGUCUCCAGGCGUCACGAGGUUUUUGAUCGCCCCACCUGUAGUGUUUGUGGGAAGGGUUUCUCAUCGACCAAUUCAUUAGCUGUUCAUAAAAGAUUGCACCGAAAUCAUAUGCCAUACUACUGCCAGUUUUGCAGUGCUAAUUUUGCUCAGAAAAGUCAUCUUAAAUUGCAUUUAGACUCUCAUCAUGCCUAUGUUGAAUUAGAUGAAACGCCGAAACCUUUUGUGUGCAAAACCUGCGACCGCGGAUUUCUGUUUAUUAUCAGUUUGCAACAACACCUAUUACAGCAUUGUAAGCUUAGUCCUAAAAAGUUACUGCCGUGCAAAGUGUGCAAAAAAAACUUUGCUCACCAAAGUGAACUAGAGCGCCACAGCAUCAUUCACACGAAAUGCUCACCAUAUCGAUGCUCAUUUUGUUCUCGUACGUUCACGCGUUCUAACUUGCUGAAGAACCAUGCUUUGUUACACACCGAUCCAAGCCUCCUAACCUGCUGUUACUGUUCUCGAGUCUACGCUUCUCGUUCUUAUUUGCUACAACACAUAGAGAAGCAUGAAGAAAAAAUGCAAAUAUCUCGAAUUUCAAGUUUAGGUACAACUUCCAUUUCAGAGGUAGAAACGAGUAUCCUUGACAAUUUCAGAGUUAAUGUACCGGAGGAAAUGGAUAAGGUAAGUGGGAUAUAUGUCUUGGUAUGUAGUUCUUCAGGUAUGUGAAGGUUCGACUUCCAAGGACUUAUGUAAUGAUCGAAUCGUUUCCCCAGAUGUCGGCUUUCUACAUGCGUUGUUAUAUGAACAAAAUAUGAAUUGAUUAUUCAAAUGAUUGAUAUCCAGGUUGUUACAUGUAGUUAGACUUUUACCAGUGAUUUAGUUUUCUAGUCUUCCUUAGUUCAGUAUUCCUGCAGUUCACAAUCUUCGAACUAUACAAAUCGACUUUGUGCUCUAGUUCAUUUUCAUUUCCGUACGUUGAUUUUGCACUGCAUUGCAGCAAACAUUUCGCUAUCAGCUGAUUACAACGUACUGCAUUUUUAGCUUUACAAGUCUUUCGAGGAUAGCUCACCUUUCCGAUUUGCAGUAAUUUACAUGGGCAUUUCUUAUUCUUAUCUAACUUUUAUCAAAUUUGCUUCAGCUUAUUCUAUAAUCGCUACUUACAACCAUUUAAGUCAAUUAAGUGACUAUUCAUUAGAUUUACUUCCUCCCCACACUACUUUCCAUUUUGUGAUAGCUAUUGUAUUUAUCAAGUGUUAACGAAUUCUUCGACAAGCAAUUACGACCUAAGUUCCAUGCUUUCGUCUUAUAAUCAUAAUCCGGUUCUCUUUUCGGACCUUGCGUCUUUCUAUGGAGUUGGAAGCGUGGUUAUGUUUUUAUGCGGUUCUCAACUCCUUUUCAACUUCCUCAGUGAUGAGAUUAUAAGUUAAUUUUUGUCUAUCUUACAUCAAUGUAACGUCACUUAUAUUUUCUUAAGUUAUCCACCGGACUUACAUGAUGUCAGAGCAUAACUGCCUGAUCGAUAUCGUUUGGUUUUUAUAUGUAUCUCUUUUUUGAUUUUUUACACUGCCCUCAUGCAUUUUACAUGUUUUCUGGAAAAAUACUGUUUACAAUAAAUUUCAAAAGGCUU